AUGACACAGUCACCUCUCAAGGUGAUCGCCUUGAUAUCUGGUGGCAAAGACUCUUUGUUCUCCAUAUUGCACUGUAUAGAGAACGGACAUGAAGUUGUCGCCCUUGCGAAUCUACAUCCCAAGCUUCCGAGCAAUGGCCGGACCGACGAUGCUGAAGGAGAAGACAUGAAUAGUUUCAUGUAUCAGACUGUCGGGCACUCGAUCAUUCCACUUUACUCAGAUUGCCUUGGGAUCCCAUUAUAUCGGAGAGAAAUCACUGGCUCAGCAGUACAGACUGGGAGGUACUAUGAUACCAGCGGGGAACAAAAAUCUUUUGACGAAACCGAAGAUUUGGUAUUAUUAUUGCAUGAUGUACUCAGGAAACAUCCUGAGGCCAAUGCGCUAUGCUCAGGCGCCAUCCUGUCGACUUACCAACGCGCACGAGUCGACUCUGUAGCCGUUAGACUUGGGCUCAUUCCACUGGCUUACCUUUGGCAAUAUCCUGCUCUUCCACCACCUCCUGGUCGUCAAGACUCCUUGACAGGCCUUCUCGAGGACAUGUCAGCGGCUGGGUGCGACGCCAGGAUAAUCAAGAUUGCUAGUGGUGGGAUCAAGGAAAACCUGCUCUGGUCCAACGUCUCAGAAGCAAACACUCGGUCCAGGCUGGUAAGCGGCUUACGCCCUUUCUUUACAGAACACGAAUUUUGGCUUCGUGGUGCCGUGCUUGGAGAAGGUGGCGAGUAUGAGACACUUGCCGUGGAUGGUCCGAGACCUCUAUGGAAACGAAGAAUAGACCUUCCAACGGACACAAGCUCGACCUUUUACGGAGAAGGCGGUGUUAGCUAUCUUCGGUUGGGAAAAGCAAAGACGGUGGAGAACGACCCAGAUUCCUCGCACGAGAUCUCGACAGCUCUACAGCCUCGUCCUCUUGAUGUACAAUUCGAAGCUGUGCUGGAAAGAGUCCAGACUCAAGCGUCAGAGAUGACUUCGACCAGGGAUAGUGAGGCAACAACCGUGCUUUCGGACAAUCAUUCGGCGAGGUUUUCCAUCGAACUCUUGCCAUUGACUCGGAAACUGUCUCUAGCCUAUCUUACCAUUUCGAACAUUACUGCCACAACAACGGGUGUACCGUCCGAAGACAAAGGAACUGCCGCUGACCAGAUGAGACGAAUAUGCGAGAAGCUCAAAUCCGUGCUCGACUCACUCUCCAGUACACAAAAAGUCCCUGGAAAGUUGACGACGUCAAACAUCGUAGCCACGACAUUGCUGCUGAAGGACAUGUCACAAUUCGCGUCGGUCAACUCGACGUAUUCGUCAAUGUUUCGAUCUGGAGAACCAAAUCCGCCAGCUAGAGUGACCAUCUCCUGUCAGCUUCCUCAAGACGUCGAAGUCAGUCUGAAUGUGAUAUUGGAUCUUGGGCCGAGAGAUGCGAGACGUGGCUUACACGUUCAAAGUCGAAGCUACUGGGCCCCGGCCAAUAUCGGCCCUUAUAGUCAAGCAAUCUGUGUCCCACUUCAGCAAACCUCUGAGAUGAGUGUCAACGUGCACGAUGCAGGUCUCCUCGAAAUGGUUCACGUAGCUGGACAGAUCCCCCUUGUGCCCCAAAGUAUGCUUCUUGACGACGGCGGCUUCACUCACGCCAGCGUCUUGAGCCUUCAACAUCUUUGGCGUGUUGGACAAGAGCGGGAGGUAGACAUCUGGCCUUGGGGCAUCGCUUUUCUCAAACGAGAUCCAGACGCAGCACACAGGAACGCCACGACGGCCCAGAGAAUUUGGGAGCACGCUCAUCGCAUAGGAACGAGAUCUAGCAAUUCCUCAGCACGUGAUGACGAUGACAUCGACGACGAGGAUGACCAAGGUCCAGACGCUUGGGACCUGCGAUUCAAUCGAUUCCAGUUGGCGAACUCGGCAGCAGAGAAUGCGGCCAUUGGCCAACAUCUUCAUGUUUUGCCCAACAACACAGUUUUUGGCAAGAGAGCAACCACUGCCGAUGUUGUUCCUCCAUUCAUUGCGGCAGAGGUCACGUCGCUACCGAGGGACGCACCCGUUGAAUGGUGGAGCCUGGGCGUUGCCAACUUGAUAAAAACGCUCACCUCAAGUUCUACUGCCGCCGCCGCGGCGACUUGUGGUCGAGAAGAUUUUGAAUGGGGCUCAAUCAGCAGGACCUCCCUUCAUGCCGAGUCUCCAAAACAAUCCUCAGGAGGACAUCCUUCGACCGUCCGGCAGCAUCUGGUGACCGUCUUGAUCCGGUCUGCCUCUGGCGGCAGUGGCAAACCCCGACACGGUCCUCGACAGGUCGACGAUGAUGUUCGCGCCCAUCUUUUGCGAACUAUCGGGGACGAUGUGCAUGUCGGGCCGCGGCCGAAAUUACCACCAGUGCUCGAAUGCGUCCACGGAACGGCCUUCUUGUCGACCGUCGAGGGACGGCCACGGUGGGCCGAAGUCUCGAAAGGGGAACUCUUCAACAGCUUGACGGUCAUACCAUGCACGUCAGUGCACGGUCGAGGCCAAGUCGGGACGCUCUCGGGCGGCCUAAUCGACGACGCGUCGCCCUUUCCUGGAGGGGUGAAAAGCGGCGAGAGUCUCGGUCCUGUUGGGGAGACUGGCACAAGCGUCACAGACGUCACCGCCGUGUCCGAGACGUGUCAACCUUUGGCGGUAGCGAUGACGAUGCGUAUCGAUUCGACAUGGAGUCGAUGA